AUGGAGAAGGAAAGAGAUGAGCAGAUGGACAUGAUGAGGUCUGGAAAUUCAACAGCAGUACCCAAACAGCAGCUCUCUCAAGUACAAUCAAAUGGAGGUUUUAUUCAGUGUGGAAAAUCAAUACACUUGAAUAGGUUUUUACAAAGGGUCUCAUUGUCUCUUGGUGUGACCGGAUUUAAUGUAUUCCUGCUGACAAAACAAAUUAAGCAAUAUCUAGCUAACCCUCCACUCUAAUGAAGAGCCAGCAGCGGUCAGACAGGGAAACAUUGAGAAUGCUAAUGUGGUAGAGUAAGGUAAGGUAGGCUAACUGAGUCUGGUUAUGUCCUAAAUGGCACCCUAUUCCCUAUAUAGUGCGCUACUUUUGACCAGGCUCUGGUCAAGCCUGGUCAAAAGUAGUGCACCAUAUAGGGAAUAGGGUGCCAUUUGGGCUGAAACCUAAGUCUGUCUGCCCACAUAUCUCAUGCAAAGCCUUGUUAUACACAUCAUAUUGAUUUUGGCUAGCAAUAUUGAUACGAUGCUGUGGCCAAGGUAGUGGGACAGCUCAAUAGCAUCAUGCCCUUUCAUUGCUGGUGUAAAUUGUCAAUCCCACUGUGUUAUAUACAUUGAGUUGCACCCCCUUUUGCCCGCAGAACAGCCUCAAUUCGUCGGGGCAUGGACUCUACAAGGUGUCGAAAGCGUUUCACAGGGAUGCUGGCCCACGUUGACUCCAAUGCUUCCCACAGUUGUGUCAAGUUGGCUGGCUGUCCUUUGGGUGGUGGACCAUUCUUGAUACACACGGGAAACUGUUGAGCGUGAAAAACCCAGCAGCGUUGCAGUUCUUGACACACUCAAAACGGUGUGCCUGGCAGCUACUAUCAUAAAUCUUUUGUCUUGCCAAUUCACCCUCUGAACACAUACACAAUCCAUGUCUCAAUUGUCUCAAGGCAAUCCUUCUUUAACCUGUCUCCUCCCCUAAAUCCACACUGAUUGAAGUGAAUUUAACAAGUGACAUCAAUAACAGAUCAUAGCUUUCAUCUGGAUUCACCUGGUCAGUUUAUGUCAUUGAAAGAGUAGGUGUUCCUAAUUUUUUGUAUACCCAGUGUAUAUUUUGUAUCUCGCAUCAGAAUGUGUUGAAGUCCCUUCUGCCUUUCAACACUCUCAUCAGUCUCCCCAUAUGACUUUUAAGAACAACAUAUUUUAAGACUGCAUCCCAAAUUGCACCCUUUUCCCUAUAUAAUGCACUACUUAGGGUGCCAUUUGGGAUGUAUCCGUAGACUAAAGUACAAGAAGCUUCACCACAGCAAGAGGGGUAGUAACAAGUCAAGCCUCCUUCAUCAUACAGGGUUGGGACAGGGACAAAGGAUGCCAUGGGACAGAAAAUAUUGACACAUUUCAAGCAGGGUUGAUGCACAUGCACAGAAAAUUGUAUCACAACUUUGACCGGAACAGUCCUUAGCUGCACUCAUGGCUCAUACAUACCUCGUUGCUUUUCUCUCUAUUUGAAAGGACUCAGGACUGACAGGGUGGAGUUAAAUAAAUGGUGGCAUCUUGCUUGAAUACAAGGAUUCUGAAUGAUGAAACAGUAAACAGCCAAUAUAUGGAGUGCAGUCAGAAUAUUCUAAGAGAUACAUAGGCAAACUGGAGGCUGUGUUUGGAUAAUAACACUUUGAUAACAACACACUCAAAGCGGGAUAUUGAAUAGAUGAUUGUGACUCAGCAUCCUCACGACUGUCUGCUUCCAUAAAAGAUUAAUGGGUGUAGAUUGCAGCAAAGUGUUGAAGGACGGGGGAGAGAUUACACAUCAGGCAUCGAUCCUAAAAUGGCUGUUAUCUAUGAUCCAUAUUUAAAACUCAUCCUGCUACACCUGCUUGGUCAUACAUUAUUAACAACCGGUGUCUCGGUCCAAUGAGCUGGUUCCUCUGCUUCUCUCUCUCUCUCUGCUUCUCACUCUCUCUCUCUCUCUCUCUCUCUCUGCUUCUCUCUCUCUCUCUGCUUCUCUUUCUCUCUCUCUCUCUGCUUCUCUCUCUCGCUCUGCUUCUCUUUCUCUCUCUCUCUGCUUCUCUCCUUCUUUCUCUCUCUCUCUCUGCUUCUCUCUCUCUCUGCUUCUCUAUCUCUCUCUCCCUCUCUCUCUCUCUCUCUCUCUCUCCAUUUAAUCCAUUGGUAAAUUAAGUUUCUAAAUGGGAAACGUAAUUACACCAAUCUUUUAGCAUUUUGAAUAAUAAAUUAUGAUAAAAUUAGUGCCAUUAUAUUUCUUCUUUUUAUGAAUUAUGAAGGAUUCUAUUAUAUUUUUUUCUGGGUCAUUUUCUUUUCUGGGUUAAUGUCUGAAUAGCACUAUGCUUCUGUAGGGCUAUAACAAGGGCAGUGUAAUGGAUUUGUGUAACAAAAUGCUUUAACCAAUGGAGCUUUCUACUACCCCAUUUAUUUUUCACAGAAAUUCACACAGAACAAUUUAUUGUGAUUAGGCAUGUAAAUAAAAAUGUAACUUCUAUAUUUAUUUUCUCCUUUCUUUCUCUCAGUCAAUUACAUUUAUAUUGAAUUAGCGGCAGUGGAGAGAGUGAGGUGCGGAGGGAAGGAAGGGAAAGCAGUGAUUAUAAUGUUAGAUUACAGGCAGAUUGCACAGCCAUUUUGUUGUAAUUACAGAGGGAGAGAGGAGAAGUAAAGGGCCCUAAUGCUCAGAUGGCAGGAUCCAUUUCAUUUAGGAAAGGUCUCUGUUACCUCUCAACGCUCCUGUAAAUAUUAUAUAGACCAAGCAGCCAUUUUUAUAGGUCACAAUUUAUGAGACAAAUAUCAAAACACAGCAUUCAGUGGGAUGGAUUGUUGGCCCCAUUGUAUGAUUCAUGGCUGCAUCUUUAUCUCAGUGUUAUGGAUUCAUUUGAAUGUAUAGAUCCUGUUGUGUUGUAAUGCAUGCAGUAUUUCUCAUGAUGCACUAAGGGCGUAAUAGAAUGAAUAAAAUAAAUCCUCUAGUCAAUCCGCUUCAUAAAAGAUCAUGCUGUUCUUUAUGUUGUGCAUGAGCCUACUGACAAUAAGGGGAAUAAUGUAGGGGAACUGCAAAGACAAAAUAAAUGGAAAUUGUUGUUAAAGCCUGUAAGAAAUGUAUCUAUUUCCUAUAGCAUAUUGAGACUGUCUAUCUAGCAGACAAAAAUCAUCUGACUUUACUCAUUCUAAAGAACACUAGUUAAUCCACUUAGAGAGGCUAAACCAUAAAAAUAUAAUAAUUCUAGCUCUGUGGGCUGGACAAACCCAGGGACAGUUUUAAGAUGGGAAAACCAAAAGCUCACACAAACACAACUUUUAUUUAUAACCCAACAUUCUUUUUAUGUUAUUCUUUUUUUUUCAGAGAUAAACGCAAAUUUGUUUUUCAUCUUAUUAUCCUGUUGCAGGAUAAUUCUAAAACAUACUAAUGAAGACUUAUGGAACUAAGUCUAGACUGCACACAUAUCUCUGAAUAAGAUGACAAUGGCUCCAUCUACUGACCCACCUACCAGAUUGUGCCUUUUUUCCCCCACGAUACUUUUAUUUUGAAAACGAGGCGAUACGUUAUACAGGAAGUAAUCUUCCACUGAGUGAAUGUUUAUUUACAAGUUCAAAGCUAAUUUCUAGGUUAAUCUUCAGUGUCUUUUGCCACACCUUUUCCUAUUGCACACAGGCCUUUGAAUUUACAUUGAGAUGUAUAUUCUAACCUGGUUGUUUUGCAGCAAGCCGCACCAUGACUGCCAUACUCCCUCAUAUCGAGCAGUUGUCUUCCAGAGUUGUGUGAAUUCUGGCAUGCAACCUUGGUCCGUCCAAUGACACUACAAGAAACCAAUACAUAUUUAGUUGGAAAGGGGAAAGGGGAUUCGCAUUUUGUAAAAUGUAUUACAGUUGCUAGCCGCGCUUGCCCCUCUUGGAUAGCAUCGGCUCAUGUGAGGCUUUCCAGGUGCUAUUGUAGCAAGGAGGGUUCCAUCCUCUCUGGUUGGUUUAAUGUAGCCCAAUAAUCAGUGGUGGAGAAAGUACUCAAAAGUCAUACUUGAGUAAAAGCAAAGUUACCUUCAUAGAAAAUGACUCAAGUAAAAGUUAAAGUCACCCAGUAAAAUACUACUUGAGUAAAAGUCUAAAAGUAUUUGGUUAUAAAUAUACUUAAGUAUCAAAGUAAAUGGAAUUGCUCAAAUUUACUUAAGUAUCAAAAGUAAAAGUAAAAGUAUUAUUAAUUUCAAAUUCCUUAUAUUUUGCAAACCAGGAUAGCCAGGGGCAUACUACAACACUCUAACAUUAAUUUACAAACAAAACAUUUGUGUUUAGUGAGUCCACCAGAUCAGAGGCAGUAGGGAUGACCAGGGAUGUUGUCUUGAUAAGUGCGUGAAUUGGACCAUUUUCCUGUCAAAAUGUAACAAGUACUUCUGGGUGUCAGGGAAAAUGUAUGGAGUAAAAAGUACAUUAUUUUCUUUAGGAAUGUAGUGAAGUAAAAAUAAAAGUUGUUAAAAAUAUAAAUAGUGAAGUAAAGUACAGAUACCCAAAUAAACGACUUAAGUAGUACUUUAAAGUAUUUUUACUUAAGUACUUUACAUCACUGCCAAUAAUGGACUAAAUUAGCCUACCAUUACUCCUUAUAGUCCAAGGACCUUACAUGUUCUGUUUAGAGGCGAAUUGGCUCUGGCAGCCAAAACAGACAAAUACUCCAUCUAAACUAGCCGACUAAACUUAACUCCACGAUGGAGUUGAGCGUGACUAGUGUGGGCGCACUGGAGCUACGAAGUAACAUAACUUAAUUUAAUCAAAAACUACUUAUUUUAGCACCCAAAGAAUAGCGCGCAAUUACACAGAACAAUGUCGUGUGAUUGCGGGCAAUUCUUUGGGUGCUGAAAUCAGUAGUUUUUGAUAACUUCAUUUUAUGUGAUGUCGGAGGUCCAGUCCGCCCACACUAGUCACCGCCCAACUCCAGUUGUUUAAUUGGCUACAUCUAAAUGUGAAUAGAUUCUCAAUUGCUGAACAGUUCUAUGAACAUAGCUAAAGCUCUCUACUUUCAUGUCAUGUCUAAAUAAUUUCACAAAUGCAAAAUAUACACUUACUGUACGCUGUUUUAACCAUUUUUUACACAGUUGAAGGCGACAGUAUUUUUCAGUGACAACACGUUCUACUUACAUUUACACACAGACUCAGAUAGCUAAUUAGCACAGGUACGCUUCUGUCUUCCUAUUUUGUCAGUAAACAUGCUGUGGGAACUCUAACCCUAUAAAGGUGUGCAGUAAUUUAACCUUAUGUUUUUAGACAAUUAUUUAUUGCUGAUUUCAGUUCCUUAUGUUUCCAAAACCGUACUGCAAGCGAUGCGUUUUAAUAUUCAUAAUGAGCGUCAGGGCUCUUAACAAAACACCCCUUACCAGAAGAUACUAUUGUCAAUAGGCGCUAAAGGUAGUUAGCGGCUAUGAAUGGGCUAGCUCAAAUGUGGUAAGAUUGUCGGCAGCUAUUGUUUGUGUGGAUAUUGAAAUUACACAAAAGUGUCAAGCUGCAUGAAUGAAGUACUGUACUUCUUGUUUUCAGACGAGUUUUGAUAGACACAGGAGAACAUGCUGUCCCUGAGUACAUCAGCAGGUUCAAACAAGCCUUGUGUCAGUUCAACACUGCCAUCCAGGAGAUCAUUGUCACCCAUUGGCUUCACCACCAUACAGGUGGAGUGACAGACAUCUGCAGGGACAUCACUGGAAGUGAGAGUGACACCUGAGGAUAGGCUUCUCUGUCAUUUUGUCAGCUCCAGUUUGACAUUGCUUAAGCUCUACAGAGAUAGCUCUAGUUUAGGGCGUAACCUAUGGCUUGCUGAGACUGAGCCUCUGUGUCAGCAAGCGUAAUGCCCUGGACCAGAGCUAGAGGCCGAUGUGCUUUUAUUUUCCCAUGCAGGUUCGGAGUUAUAAAUCAGCAAACUUCCUCGCUCUCCCCCAACUGACGGAAGAAUAGGAGAAAGUAAGACGUACUCUUACCUGAAGCAUGGAGAUGUCAUAGAGACAGAGGGGGCCACACGGAAGUGAGUUGAUUGUCUAGUGUUACUAUGAGCAAGUAGUAUGUGCAUGCAUAUGCCCUUUUAACUAAUAUAUUGGCCCAAGCCAGUGUCAUGUGUGUCGGUGUGUCUGUCUGUAUGUCUGUCUCUGUGUCUGUCUGUGCAGUGUCUCAUCCACAGUCUGAGAAUGGCUGUCUGUCUGUCUGUGCAGGGUCCUGUUCACCCCAGGACACACAGAUGACCAUAUGGCCCUCAUGUUGGAGGAGGAGAAGACCAACUUCUCAGGAGAUUGUAUUCUAGGGGAGGGAACUGCCGUGUUUGAAGAUCUCUAUGACUAUAUGAAAUCUCAGCAAAUCCUGUUGGACUCACAGGCUGACCUAAUAUACCCAGGUUGGUUAACUCUGAAACACUGAAUGGUAUAAUUGAGUGCAAAGUGCACAAAAAAUGCAUGGAAAUCAUCCAUUAGAAAAGACACAUUACAUUACAUAAAUUCUACUGUCAGUCACACCUUCAAAUGGCUAGUUCACAUUAGCUACAGUGACUUCAGAAAGUAUUCACACCCCUUUAAUUUUUCCACAUUUUGUUGUGUUACAGCCUGAAUUUAAAAUGCAUUGAAUUGAGAUGUGUGUCACUGGCCUAUACACAAUACCCCAUAAUGUCAAAGUGGAAUUAUGUUUGUAGAACAUGACGCCAUACAAGCUGCCUGCCAUCUGCCCGGUACAUUUGAAACCGGGAUUCAUCCGUGAAGAGCACACUUCUCCAGUGUGCCGGUGGCCAUCGAAGGUAAGCAUUUGCCCACUGAAGUCGGAUAUGACGCCGAACUGCAGUCAGGGCAAGACCCUGGUGAGAAUGACGAGCACAAAGAUGAGCUUCCCUGGGACUGUUUCUGACAGUUUGUGCAGAAAUUCUUCAGUUGUGCAAACCCACAGAUUCAUCAGCUGUCCGGGUGUCUGGUCUCAGAUGAUCCCGCAGGUGAAGAAGCCGGAUGUGGAGGUCCUGGGCUGGCGUGGUUACAUGUGGUCUGCGGUUGUGAGGGCGGUUGGACGUACUGGCAAAUUCUCUAAAACGACGAGAGAUGAACAUUCAAUUCAGCAACAGCUCUGGUGGACAUUCCUGCAGUCAGCAUGCCAAUUGCACGCUCCCAUAAAACUUGAGACAUCUGUGGUAUUGUUUUGUGUGACAAAGCUGCACAUUUUAGAGUGGCCUUUUAUUGUCCCCAGCACAAGGUGCUCCUGUGUAAAGAUCAUGCUGUUUAAUCAGCUUCUUGAUAUGCCACACCUGUCAGGUGGAUGGUUUAUUUUGGCAAAGGAGAAAUGCUCACUAACAGCGAUGCAAACAAAUUUGUGCACAACAUUUGAGAGAAAUACGCUUUUUGUGCAUAUUGAACAUUUCUGGGAUCUUUUACUUCAGCUCAUGAAACAUGGGACCAACACUUUACGUGUUGCGUUUAUAUUUUUGUUCAGUGUAAAUCGCCUUGAAAAUCUAUGGAAGACUUGAAAAUGGCUGUCUAGCAAUGAUCAACAACCAACCUGACAGAGCAUGAAGAAUUUGAAAAGGAAUGUGCAAAUAUUGAACAAUCCAGGUGUGCAAAGCUCAGACUUUCCCAGAAAGACUCACAGCUGUAAUCACUGCCAAAGGUAUUGACUCAGGGGUGUGAAUACUUAUAUUAUGUAAAUGAGAUAUUUCUGUGUUUCAUUUUCAUUUGUAUUUGCAAAAAUGUCUAAAAACAUGUUUUCACUUUCUCAUUAUGGGGUAUAGUGUGGAAAUGGGUGAGAAAAAAAUAUAUUUCAUCCAUUUUGAAUUCAGGCUGUAACACAACAAUUGUGGAAUAAGUCAAGGGGUAUGAAUGCUUUCUGAAGGCACUGUAUGUAUAGAACUUAACACAAAAACAUAUUCUACAAGAGUCAUUCAUUUCUUCCUUAACUAAUAUCUGCAGGUCAUGGCCCUGUGGUCCAAGAUGCCGCUUCUAAGAUCCAGCAUUACAUCAGCCAUAGAAACCUCAGAGAGCAACAGUGUCCUCCAGGCAGCCGAAAGGGAACACAUUGA